UCCUCUGAUAAGAGUGAGCUGCUGACACAUGAAUAAGCCCAUUUAAGAGCCUAGCCUACACAUUAACCUGGAAUAUACCAACCUUUUUAGAGCCAUGCUUCCUUUUGCCAUUUUCUGCUCUGUUAAAAGUGGUAACAGCAACACAGGUGCACAACAAAAUGUCCAUAUGUGCUUCAGUGCAUGCUUUUGUGAUAAUUCUUAGUAUCCUGGUUUUUGCUAUUACUGUUUUCUUCAGUGCGACAGCUGCUUCAGCUUCCAGUGAUGGUAUUUUCUUAUCAACAACCAAAAAUAUUUCUGCAAAGUUCUUUUUGGAGGUCACCCCUGACAAAUGGACAUUUUCAGUGUGGGUAAUCAUUUACUCGUGGAAUGGACUUUGGCUUGUGUACAGUCUCUCUACACUGUUUCGAAGGAAUAAACUGGGCCCUGUUUUCUGCAAACCAGACAUUCUUCCGAUUGAAUUCUAUAUAAUAUGGUGUUGCAGCAAUUUGUUUCACAUUGCAUGGCUCAUUCUUUGGGACAGAGAGUACAUUACAGUGGCCAUGAUUUUCUAUGCACUGAUCCCAUACACAUGCUAUAUGAUGCUGGCUAUUUCUCAUCAGAACUGUUACAAGCAUGGACUCUGGCUGAGUCUCUACAGCCCAUGGGAUUUAUGGUCCAUACGACUGCUGGUACACAAUGGGUUAGCAGCAUAUGCAACAUGGACCUCCAUAACUACAGCCAUCACCUUUGGCACAGUGCUGAAGUACAAGGCAGGAAGUGAAGACUCUGGCAUUAGCACUGCUGUGCUGUGUUCACUGUUUUAUGAGCUUAUACUAUGGUUCUUGCUGGAAAAUCUAAUCUUUGAAAGAUAUGUGCGUUACACAUUCACUGUGUAUCCUGUGGCCAUAUUAGCCAUGGCAGGAAUUUUGACAAAGAAUACAAAAUUUGAUGAACGUAACACAAACCAAGUAUUCACUGUUGUUCUUUUGGCUACCAGUGUUAUAGCCUUUGUGAUUCGCUUUUUAUCUGCUUUAUGUUGUGGCAAGUUCAGACCUCUGUAUCCCUCAGAAAAUCCGUACACAUCAAACAAAUCAAUGAAGUCUACUACACACUUUUCUUCCGUUGACCAAGAUGUUCACAUUUCCAGUGCGACUGACAAUACUGCCUUUGAAGAGGACAAUGAUCAGCUGUCUCGGGUUGAAAGAACUAUACCAGUGUGACUCACAUACAUCGAUCAAACACAGAUUUGAAGUCCUUCUGUAAAACAUUUAAACUAAAUGCAUUUUUUUGUAAGAAACUUCAUAUUACAGCAUACUCUUUAGUAUUAGUGCCACAGAUUAUAUUGCAUUUAUCAGACUGGUCCUGUCACUGUAUUUGAAGCAAGUUUAUCCUUUUAUGAGACAGUGCUCAUUAGUGGGAUUUUUUAAGUAAAACAAACAAAAUAUAAGCAUAAAAAGUGUAACAAGAGAAAGUUUCUAUAUAUGCCAUCAUACCUCUCAGCUGUACAGAUUUUAGCACAAUGUCCAGAUUUUUGUCUCACAUUUUUGGUCUGUUCCUCAUA